GGAAAUCCUGUUGCUGUUCCAGCCGUCUGAGCUGAUGGCCAUGGUGGUCGGCAACAACAACUACAACUGGGAGGAGCUGGAGAAGAAUGCCGUUUACAAAGGGGAAUACACAGCCACUCAUCCAACAGUCAGAUUGUUUUGGGAGGUUUUCCACGAGUUCCCUCUGGAAAAGAAGAAGCAGUUCUUAUUGUUCCUGACCGGCAGCGACCGUAUCCCGAUCCACGGCAUGGAGAGCCUGCGUAUCGUCAUCCAGUCCACCACAGCUGAGGAGCACUACCUUCCGGUGGCCCACACAUGCUACAACCUGCUUGACAUGCCCCGCUAUCAGACCAAAGACAUCCUGUGUCGCCGCCUCACCCAGGCCGUCGAGCAAUAUGAGGGCUUCAGCCUUGUCUGAGGAGGGAGAGGGGGUGGGGGGGGGGGGGGACUGCAGCGGUUUUAAUGCACUUUAACAGCAAUACACCACCAUGUCAGUGUGAACAGAGUGAAAGAGGGGAAGGCUGCUCUCUUGCUAUGCUCUUACAGGAUUGUUAAGCAUCUUGAAUCUGAAAGGUCUAUCGUUGAAAAUGCAGAGUCUAAUUGUUUUUUAUUGUAUUGGGCUAAGUUUCAUAACCUCUAGAACAUUUGCAAGAUCUUAAAAAGUCUUAUGUUUGAGUAUUUGUUUGAUGUUAAUUACUGUUUUACAGAAGAAUGACGACCUGGGAUUAUAAUUAUUGUUGGGACUUAAAUCAAAAGGCUGAGCAACUCGGGGUCUGGGUCUUUGCUUACUUUUUUUUUUGUCUUCUCUUUUUUUCUCUUUGUUUUAGACAGCUGUGUAUUUUAUAUUCAACUCCUUAAAUUCUAUUUUUCACUGUCAAAGAAUUCUGUUGUUACCUCGAGACAAUAUAUAAUUUUUGUUACUGUUAAUUUAUCAAAUAGAGUGGUUAUAUUUUGACAAAUAAUAAUGUGUAUAUGUUUGUAAAUAGCACUUUGAAUAUAAUCUUGAGGAGUGUUUGUCCUGCUGAUCCUUUUAAAUCUGGACACCAGCAUGUCCGCCACCCGACUUAAAGGACAAUGGAGGAGAACGAGGCCGAGGUGUGCAGGAUAAAAUGUGGUGAUUAUGAUUUGCAAUCCCUAUUUCCUUUUGCGUUGUGGAUAACACAGAAGCUGACUUUGUCUUGAAUCUGCAUUCAACAGUGUUGCCUUCUACAGCAUAACCUACAUGAAGAGCUGACUUUCAAAGUUGAAGUGGUUGUUGUUUGUGUGCAUGUUUUUCAAUGAAAGCAAAAAAAAAUGUGACUCCUUGAAAUUUUAUCAUUCUGGGACAUAGUGUUACCUUUAUUAGCUUUCUUGCGGAGAGUUAGCUAGAUGAGAAAAUUGGCCCCAAUUUAACGUGUGUUAGUUAAAUAUAAUAAGCAUCCAACUAGCUUAGCUUCAUGGCUGAAAAGUGGUGAAAACAGCUCGGCACACAUACAGACAGGGGCGUGUCCAGACUUGUAUGGGGUGGCCCACCUGGGGCACUGGCUUAUGCAGGGGUCACAUGAAGUGUGUGGCCAUUUUCUUUUUUUACCCUUUCUAUCCCCCCUAAUGUACUGAUAAGUAACACAAUUUGGCAACAUAAUUCUCCUUAGCUUGGUCUUUAGGGACUCAAAAACAAAAAUGUAUGCGCAAUUAACAUUGAAUUGGGCUGUCUUUACUGUUGAAAACAGCCAGAAUAGUUUAACUUAAGUCCCGCCUCCUGAUUAGGCAAAUUGCCAAUCAUAUAUUUGGAUUUUGGGGUGACAGCUGGGACCCUCUGGACAUUGCCCUGCAUACAGAGUUGGUUUUUAUCUUCACAAAGAGUGUAAAAAUGAUAGAUAUACAGGUCACAAUAGAAAGUUUAACAAGUCUGACUUUUGUUAGCUGGCCAGUUUUCAGUUAACUGCUCAGAGAUAAAGUGCCAUGGCAACCUGAGACACAUCAUAUACUUUGUUAUUGGAUUGACCUUUCAGAUUUCAGCCUUACAUUUAACAGUUGACAGAUUUCAACAGUUUGAAAGUCCAAACUCGCUGUUUUCAGUCUUUUAGCCAAGCUAAGCUAACUGGCUGCUUGCUCUAGCUUCAUAUUUAGCUAGCUAAGAGCACUAACUAACAAGCAGCUAACAAACAUGUCCCAAGUUGUCCUUUAAAGCUGAAUAUAUACCGUCAUCAUUUAUAUGAAUAAUUAUAACAAGUGUAAUAAGAUUUUUCCCGAUCCGCUGAUAUAUAAAUUUGGACAUUUGUGGCAGGACGAUAUAUGUGUAUACCACACAGUGUGGGCAGAUGACCUGUUAAUAACUACAGAUAUAUAUCGACUGUAGCCUAUCUAUCAUAUCACUUGUUCCAAAACGUGUUUAAAUUCAAGUUAUUUAUUCCUACAGUGAAACCCUCUAAUCCAGAAUGAUGUGUAAUUAGGUUGUGCAUCUGCGUGAAAUGGUCUUGCAUAUAUUUAUAUUUUUGUAUAUUUCAUACAUGCCAGAUAUAUCAGACAGUAAACAUGGUCACACUGACACAAACAUUUAGCAAUAACCUGAAACAGCCCAGUAUUGUAGUGACUCUGGGUUAAUCUUCUAAAGGUCUGAAACACUGGACUCUUCUGAGACGUUUCUUAGGAUGGUUUUGCCCUCUUGCUUAAGCUCUAUACUGCAUGCACACACAGGUUCUACAUGUUUGAUGGAAACAGAUUUUUUCCUGCAGAGUUUAGUACUAUGCAAAGGUUUGUGCUGCCCUUGACUUUUUUUGCACCUUUAAAUGUGCUUCAGAAAAUGGGAUUUUCGCAUAUUUGUCUGAAAUAUACACAAAGCUCUCUGUUCCAGACAACUUUUUAAAUAAAAGAAGACAUUGUAAAACA